GUUGCUCUGAACCCGCCUCUUUCUCUCUGGCUCCCUUCCUUCCUGUUCCCCUCCUACCCCCUUCCUCCCACCUUGCUCCCAGUGUGGUGUCCUGGGACCGCUCGCACUCUGGCCACCAAGCCCUUGCCCGCGAGGAGAAGCUGUGGGGCUUUGUCCCGUUGCUCUCCUUGCCAAACCCAGUCUCUCUGUUAGUGGUGGUUUCGGUUGCGACAUAGCCCAGGUUCCCAGGCAGGAGCCGUGCGGCCUGGCUGCUUUGCUACUUUUCAGCGAGGAGGUGGUAGAAGGAAGGUGUUGCCUGCUUCGGCUGAGUAAGGGUGGCUGGCUGGGCCGGCAGCCCCCGCCCUGGGCCUGGCCCUUCCCGGCCUCUGUACUUUGCCCUCGCUGCCUGACAGGUUCUGCUAAGGCUCUACUGAAUGGAAGGCGCUGGUAGUCCUUGCCCCUUUCUCCAGCCGGCCCACCGUGGGACACCUCGACUCCAAGCCCAGCAGUAAGUCCAACAUGCUGCGGGGCCGCAACUCGGCCACUUCUGCUGACGAACAGCCCCAUAUUGGCAACUAUCGGCUCCUCAAGACCAUUGGCAAGGGUAACUUCGCCAAGGUGAAGUUGGCCCGGCACAUCCUAACUGGGAAGGAGGUAGCCGUGAAGAUCAUUGAUAAGACUCAACUGAACUCCUCCAGCCUCCAGAAACUCUUCCGUGAAGUAAGAAUAAUGAAGGUUUUGAAUCAUCCCAACAUAGUUAAAUUAUUUGAAGUGAUUGAGACAGAGAAAACGCUCUACCUUGUCAUGGAGUAUGCCAGCGGAGGAGAGGUAUUUGAUUACCUCGUGGCUCAUGGCAGGAUGAAAGAAAAAGAGGCUCGAGCCAAAUUCCGCCAGAUAGUAUCUGCUGUCCAGUACUGUCACCAGAAGUUUAUUGUUCACAGAGACUUAAAGGCGGAAAACCUGCUCUUGGAUGCUGACAUGAACAUUAAGAUUGCAGACUUUGGCUUCAGCAAUGAGUUCACCUUUGGGAACAAGCUGGACACUUUCUGUGGCAGUCCCCCUUACGCUGCCCCAGAACUCUUCCAGGGCAAGAAGUACGAUGGCCCCGAGGUGGAUGUCUGGAGCCUCGGCGUCAUCUUGUACACACUGGUCAGCGGCUCCCUGCCUUUUGAUGGACAGAACCUCAAGGAGCUGCGGGAACGAGUACUGAGGGGAAAAUACCGUAUUCCGUUCUACAUGUCCACGGACUGUGAAAACCUGCUUAAGAAAUUUCUCAUCCUCAAUCCCAGCAAGAGGGGCACUUUAGAGCAAAUCAUGAAAGAUCGAUGGAUGAACGUGGGUCACGAAGAUGAUGAGCUAAAGCCUUACGUGGAGCCACUCCCCGACUAUAAGGACCCCCGGCGGACAGAGUUGAUGGUGUCCAUGGGUUACACCCGGGAAGAGAUCCAGGACUCGCUGGUGGGCCAGAGGUACAACGAGGUGAUGGCCACCUACCUGCUCCUGGGCUACAAGAGCUCUGAGCUGGAGGGUGACACCAUCACCUUGAAGCCGCGACCUUCAGCUGAUCUGACCAAUCACAGCGCCCCAUCCCCCUCCCACAAGGUACAGCGCAGCGUCUCAGCCAACCCCAAGCAGCGGCGCUUCAGCGAUCAGGCCGGUCCUGCCAUUCCCACCUCUAAUUCAUACUCUAAGAAGACUCAGAGUAAUAACGCAGAAAAUAAGAGGCCUGAGGAGGACAGAGAAUCGGGGCGGAAGGCCAGCAGCACAGCCAAAGUGCCUGCCAGCCCCCUGCCCGGCCUGGAGAGGAAGAAGACCACCCCUACCCCCUCCACGAACAGCGUCCUCUCCACCAGCACAAAUCGAAGCAGGAAUUCCCCACUUCUGGAGAGGACCAGCCUUGGCCAAGCCUCCAUCCAGAAUGGCAAAGACAGCCUAACCAUGCCAGGGUCCCGGGCCUCCACGGCUUCUGCUUCCGCCGCAGUCUCUGCGGCCCGACCCCGCCAGCACCAGAAAUCCAUGUCGGCCUCCAUGCACCCCAACAAGGCCUCUGGGCUGCCCCCCACGGAGAGUAACUGUGAGGUGCCGCGGCCCAGCACAGCCCCUCAGCGUGUCCCUGUCGCCUCCCCCUCCGCCCACAACAUCAGCAGCGGUGGCGGGGCCCCAGAGCGAACCAGUUUCCCCCGGGGCGUGUCCAGUCGAAGCACCUUCCAUGCCGGGCAGCUCCGACAGGUGCGGGACCAGCAGAAUUUGCCCUACGCUGUGACCCCAGCCUCUCCCUCUGGCAACAGCCAAGGCCGGAGAGGGGCCUCCGGGAGCAUCUUCAGUAAAUUCACCUCCAAGUUCGUACGCAGGAACCUGAAUGAACCUGAAAGCAAAGACCGAGUGGAGACGCUCAGACCUCACGUGGUGGGCGGCGGCGGCGGCAACGAUAAAGACAAGGAGGACUUCCGCGAGGCCAAGCCGCGCUCGCUGCGCUUCACGUGGAGCAUGAAGACCACGAGCUCCAUGGAGCCCAACGAGAUGAUGCGGGAGAUCCGCAAGGUGCUGGACGCCAACAGCUGCCAGAGCGAGCUGCACGAGAAGUACAUGCUGCUGUGCGUGCACGGCACGCCGGGCCACGAGGACUUCGUGCAGUGGGAGAUGGAGGUGUGCAAACUGCCGCGGCUCUCGCUCAACGGCGUGCGGUUUAAGCGGAUAUCGGGCACCUCCAUGGCCUUCAAAAACAUUGCCUCCAAAAUAGCCAACGAGCUCAAGCUUUAACCGGCUGCCGGGAGCGGGGACCAGGCGGCCGGCCGGACUCAGCUGCCGGGGCCUCGGGCCACCGCGCCGCCGCGGGCAAGACUGCGGACUGGACUCGGCGUGGCUCCCCCUGCUGGCACUUCUCCCUCCCCGCCCGGCUCGGUUCUUCUUCCCUGUCUGUGGGGACCGGGAGAGGGUUCUUCCCCAGCCCCCCACAUUCACCCCUGCCCACAAGCCCUCCUCUCCCCCCUUCCCCACGGAGGCAGAGGAAGGGGAGGGCGGGCAGGGGCAGGGCCUCCCCUCGGUACUGCGGUUGCACAGAGUAUUUCGCCGAAACCAAGAAAUUUUUUAUUACCAAAAAAAAAAAAAAAGAAAAAAAAAAAGUUCCCAGCGGCCACCUUUCCUCCCUGCCCCAUUGGGACAGUGGAGACUGGGUCUCUGGGGUCUCCCGGGAGGGUGGCUCAGGGCUGGAACACUCUCAGGCAAGAGUGGUGGGGUUCCCGUCAGUCCCUCCGCCGGCCCGCUUCGGGCUUCUCCGCGCUCCUUCCCUCCCAGCAAACCGCCAGAGGUGGCCUUGCCCUGACCGCGGGCCCCGCGGCCUGGGGCCCGGGCAGCAGUGGACUGGAGCGGGGGUGGGGUGGGGCUGGUGGCCGCUCUGGGGCUUCGAGGUGAGGCUGAGGGGCCGCCCUCCACACUGUAUCCUCUCUGCCCGCCCUCCUUCCCCAGAGCUGGGCAUUUCCUUCCACAAGCUGCUGUGGGGCGUUCGUUCCCCUCCUCACAAGUCUGUGCCAUCUCCCCCACCCCCUCCCGGGUAGAAGGAGGGCCUGAGCCCGGGGCCAGCGCCGGGGGGAUUGCAGGGCGGAUGGGCUCCUCAGGGCCCCGAGGCUGCUCCCGGGGACUCCGGGUCUUCUCCGUUCUGGGAGAGCCCUUGUCCGGAAGCACACCCCUUCCCCGGCCGGCCCUCCCCGCCGCCUCCCCUUCAUUGGCAUUAAUCUGGGCACCAGCUCGUUCCAUAGCAGUGAUCCCUCAGGCGGUCUCCUCUCGGCCUUGCCUCUCUUCCUGACACUGUCGCGCGGCCCCUCCUCCCAGGAGACACUGCCCUGGGCCGCCUGGCGGGCGUGUGGGGGACAGCUACCCUCCACCUGGUGGGGGACAGACGGGGGUGUGUAGUGGCUCACAGCUCACCUCCACGGCCAGUGUGGGAGUCGGGGCUUAGGGGCGCUUGGCUGGGGGACGGCCGCUGCACCCCUUAAUUUAUUUCUCUGCUGUUUUGGUUCUUGAGAAAUUGGGGGAGGGAGGUCCUGCAAAAGGCUGCCCCUCCCACCCUCACCUGAGUUGUACAUUUUUUUGUGAUGGGUUUUAUUUUUUAUUAUUUUAUUUUUUUGAUUCAUGACGACUUUGCCCCUGUUCAUCAUUUUCUCCAGCCCCCCCAUCCCUCCCAGGCCAGGCUCAGUGGCAAGUUGAGCCCUUGGGUCCCAGGAAGGGGCUUGCCAACCUCAGCCCUCCUGCCCCAGGCCCCCCAACUGCGGGCUCCGGCUCAGACCAAGGGCUCCCCCUUCCCACCCUCCCUCCCCCCUCCUGCCCUAUGGAACAGCCCGGGUGCUCUGAGGGGGCCGGGAGGGCAUGGCCUGGUCCCCAAAGGGGUGGGGGCUGGGGCACCCAGGCAAGGUGGCCCCUCCCCCACUCAGCCCCCCUGCACUUGUUUCUCCUCUGGAUCAACCACGUAAUAAACAGAAUGUCUGGAA